AUGGGGUGGCAUCCGCUCUUAAUCGCCCUCGCAGCGUGCGCGCACGCGAAGUGGCACGUCAUCCACGGCAGCCACACCAGCCACAACGAGCGCCGCGGGCCCGGAAACAACCGGUACCUCACCUACAACGAGACCGAGGGCCUCAACAACCAGCGCAUCGCGCUGGAGAACGCGCGCCUCAUGGCCAUCCUGCUGAACCGGACCCUCGUCGUCCCGGACACGAUCCCACCCCACGACGCCGGCGACCCCUUCCCGACGAAGACCUGCCGCGUCUUCACCUGCGACUCGCUGCGCGUGCCGUGGGUGUCGCAGCGCUACUUCGAGGACCACCGGAAGCGGUGGCCCACGCGGAUCCGCGACGACGCGGCGCGAUGCGGCGACGUGGCCACCUGCGAAGACUUCCUGCUCGAUCCGCCGAAAAACGUGGUCGUCGAGGUCCCCGUUGACAAGACCAUGUACCACAUGAGCCUGAGUUCUCCGAAGCGGUGGGUCCUCUCGAAGAUGAAGGACGACCGAGAGCUCAACCCCAACGUGCUGACCGUCAACAGCCGCCUGAUCACCCGGGCGAAGAUGAUCGUAGAGAUGAAUAGAAACGGCAGUGGUAACUUUGAAAGAGCGGACAUUUCCUCGGUGACUGCCUUGAAGUAG